AUGAGUGCCAGGAAAAUCAGGAAUCGAGUCCAGGAUACCAUGCUUUUUGAGAGGCGGUCCGGAGACAGCUCGUGGGCGUGUUGCGACUUGAUCUUUACUCUCCCGUCUGACAUAUAUAGACAUAUCGCCUCUUAUCACAAGGACUUACUCGAGCGCCGGACACAGGAAGAAUUAUCGACUAUACAGCUCAAGGCAGAUUCGCACAAGGACAACAGCGACUCAACUUUCAUAUCAAGGCGUGCGAAAAAGUAUGGAAGCGAUCCUAUCAGCCUUAAUUGCAGCUGUGAUCCAUCGCUGGGAAACGUCAUUCUAUUCUACGCAUAUCAACCCAUCAACGACCCACUUGCCCUUGCCAGGCUGCACAAGACGUGGUCUGUCGAUCUCGACCUCUGUGGGAAAGUCAAGAUUGCAGGCGAAGGCAUCAAUGCCACCCUUUCAGGAUGCUCAUCAUCUAUUACCGCCUACAUUGACCAUCUCACAGAUCUCACAGAAUUCAAACCACUCGGUCUCUCUCGCUCAGCCAAUCCCGAAACAAAGGAAGAAAGAGCUAUUCUUGAGAAAAGAAGGUACGACUUCUUUAAGCCAACACCAGGCUGUCGGCACGUUUUUGGCGGGACGAUUUCCAUCAAAGUUGUCGAGGAAAUCUGUCCUCUUGGAGCGCCGGAAGUCAGCGUUUACAAUGAUCCAGAAUACAAGCGAGGCAAACUCUCACCCAGUGUAUUUCACCAGAAGCUGAAGGAGCUGGAGGGCAAGGAAAAUGUGGUCGUUCUGGAUGUACGUAACUAUUAUGAGUCUUCCAUUGGGCAGUUUCCUGGAGCCAUAACGCCCCCAAUUCGAAAGUUUUCAUCAUUUCGAGACUAUGUCGACCGCAAUAAGAAUCAAUUCACCGGUAAAACAAUCCUGUCGUACUGCACAGGAGGGAUCCGUUGUGAGAAGGCCACUAGCUAUUUACGUCAAUCGUUGGAGUCUUCUGGUGAUGCGCCGCCUGCCAAAGUAUUGAUGUUGGAGGGAGGCAUUCACAAUUAUCUGGAAUGGAUCAAGCAGGAGGGCUCUACGAAUGACUCGCUCUGGCUCGGGAAAAAUUACGUCUUCGACGCUAGGCAGUCAUUGGGCCUGGACGAUGCAUCGACAGCUGGAACCUCAUCUAACGAAGGAGAGCGGUUGAUCUCGUAUUGCCAGGGAUGCGAUAUAUCCUGCGCACGAUAUGUUAAAUGCGAUGGAUUUGGAUGCCAUCGUCUUAUAAUCGCAUGCAUACCCUGCUCGCCCGCUGGGGCCGAAGGUGAGAGCGGGAUGUACUGCUGUCAAGAAUGUCAGGACAUGGGGGAAAAGGUGCGUGAAUACGUGCUUUCAGGACAAGUCAGCGCUCGAGGUGGAACGCGUGUCAAGCGCGGAAUAUGCAGAUGUGAAAGAGAACGGAGAACAGCUCUUGGUGUAGAAUAA